AAAUACAUGGCUGACAACCAUCCUGUUGCUCACUGAUCAUAAUGUUUAGGAUUUUGGUUGCUGCUGCUGUUUUUCUGGAGGCCGUCUCCGCCGCCUCUCUCGGGAUUGUCUCUACCGAGGGAGGAAUGGUGCAGGGAACAAAUAUUCGCCUUGGAUAUCAGCGGCACAUGGAUGUCUUCAAAGGCAUUCCCUUCGCUGCUGCUCCUGGAAGGUUUGAGAAGCCAAAGCGUCACUCUGGCUGGGAUGGCACUCUGAAGGCCACUAGCUACAAGCCAAGAUGCUUUCAGCUGACGAUUCUCAUGGACGACGUCUAUGGCAGCGAGGACUGUCUUUACCUGAACAUCUGGGUUCCUCACAUCAAGUCAGUGGCCUCCAAUCUGCCUGUCAUGGUCUGGAUUUACGGUGGAGCUUUCCUGUUUGGAGGCUCGAUGGGUGCCAACUUCCUGGAUAACUAUCUGUACAGCGGACAGGAAAUCGCAGACAGAGGAAAUGUCAUUGUAGUAACACUGGGAUACCGUGUGGGAACCCUUGGCUUCCUGAGUGCUGGAGACUCCACUCUUCCUGGAAAUUAUGGACUGUGGGACCAGCAGGCUGCCAUUGCAUGGGUGCACAGAAACAUCCGCUCGUUUGGAGGAGACCCCAGCAACAUUACAGUCUUUGGAGAAUCCGCCGGAGCAACCAGUGUUAGUUUACAGACUCUCAGUCCCCACAACAAGGGAAUAAUCAAGAGAGCCAUCUCCCAAAGUGGGGUUUCCCUGUGCCCUUGGGCCAUCAACAGAAACCCUCGCAAGUAUGCUGAAGAGGUUGCUCUGCAAGUCAACUGUCCCACCGAUAGUCGCAUGAGCACGUGUCUGAAAAUGGCUGAUCCCAAGGCUCUGACAUUGGCGGGAAAGGCCGAUAUCUCUGGCUCUCCUGACUAUCCUCUGGUGUACAAACUGCUUCUGUCUCCUGUGAUUGACGGCGACUUCCUGCCGGAUGAUCCAUCCAACCUGUUCCACAACGCCGCCGACAUCGACUUCAUGGCCGGAGUCAACGACAUGGACGGACACAUCUUCACAGGAAUUGAUGUCCCAUCAGUCAACACUGCAUUGGUAGACACCCCUAUUGAUGAUGUUAAGAGGCUCUUGACUUCCUUAACUGAGGAAAAGGGAACGCUUGGUUCGGAAAACGCCUUCGCCACGUACACCUUGGACUGGGGAGGCAAACCCAGCAGGGAGGCUGUCAAGAAAACUGUUGUGGCCAUCGAAACAGACUACAUUUUCCUGAUUCCCACUCAGGCUGCUCUUUAUCUUCAUGCCUCCAAUGCAGUGUAAGAAGAAGAUCUGUAU